AUGGAAAACCUUGCAUUAACUUAAUAUCAUUUUCACAAUGCUAAAGAUAUUAAUCAGGAGUACUUCUAACUUAUUGAAGAUUUAAAUACUGAAAUAGUUUGCAUUUAUUAUCUGUAAGAUAUAAUCACUUAUUAAUUUCCAGCCAAUGAAUAUAUAAACUUGUAGGACCUACUAUUUUUUAAAGUAAAAAAAGAAAUAUUUAAUAUAGGAAAAGAACAUUUUGGCAAUAAGUAAAAGUCAACUAAUACUAAUAUCAAUUUAAAUUUUGGAAGCACUUAUAAAAUUACAAAAAUCAAAAAUAUUGCAUAAUUAAAUCAAUUGUCAAAAUACUUGGAUCUGGGUCUCUAAACCUUUAUCAUCUAAAUAAAAUAAUUAAAUAGAAUUUAAGGCCUCCUUUUCCAUGUUCAGUAAAGUGUCUAUAGAUAAAGCGAAUAAUGAUUCCCCUGACUUUCAAAGCGCUAAAAAAGUCAUCUCAUAGAUAUUUCAAUUAGAUGAUUAAUUAAAAAUGCUAGAUCUCAAUCUUGAAAGAAAUGCUGAACAACUCAUUUCAAAAUUGAAACAAUAUUUAACAUAGAAUGGAACAGAGUAAAAAGGAGAUGGUUCAUAUGAUCCUAAGUUAAUUGAAAAAUUUUUGAAAAACAAAAAACUAAGCAAUGAAGAAUUUUAAGACUAAUUUGGAAAUUCUAAUGGAAUUGUUAUGAGAAAUAUCUUUUUGAAUUGGGCGAUAAAGAGCGAGUAAUAAUUCAUAAAUCCCACUAAUUGUUAAAAACUUUCGAUAAAAGAUUUAGCAAGAGAACUAAAUAUUGAUAAAUGGUUCUAUGAAUUAUUUGAAUAGCUUAAAACCAAACGUUAUUUAGAAGAUUACCUCUUUUAUGUCUUACAGAUUUCAGACGCAUUAAAUGAUAUAAAAUAAAUUCGAAACAAUUCGAAAUUAUCAAACUAGUUUGAUUUUGCAGAAUUACAAAAUACUAUAAUAAAAUAUGAAUAGAAGAUACAUAAAUCCUUAUUUCCUUAAUUAUCCAAUCAUUAUGAUGAUAAAGAUAAUAACAUUUUAGAUUUUGUUUCAACUUAUCAAUUUGUAAUAUAAGGGAUUAUUGGCUAAGGUCUAAAAGUUAUAAAUAGCUUUUACAGGAAUGAGAUCCCGUUUUAAAAAAUUGAAGAAUUUAAAUUUUACAAGUAAGGGCUCAAUAUUUUGGAUGAGUUUAUGCUCAAAAACUAAAUUCGCGUCGAAAAUUUAACAAACCAAGAACAAGUCAAUUAAAUUAAAUCAAUAUUGGGUGAUUUUCUAAGAGAUGAAAUAUUUAAGGAAUUAAAAAUAAUCCUUCAUAAAUACAAUAAAAAAUUAGCAAGCUCAUUAUUUUAUAUUGAAGGUGAUAUUCAUUGA